AUGUGGACUCCGCUCUUGGGUUGUUCCCUGACGGCUGGGCUCGCCGCCCUGCAGAAACGCCCGCGAGGUGCUGGCCCGCUCCUCGGCUUCGCCUGCCUGCUCGCUGCCCUUGUGCCGGGCUGGGGCCAGAGCCGUAAGUUUGGGUCUUGGUCUAUUCCCUUCCGGAACAGGCACUCGCGCCAGCUCCACGCUGCUGCACCUGACUCUCUGGUGGCUGCGAUCCGGUUUCGCACUUACCUGGCACCGAAGCAUCUUUAAGAUCGAGGCACCUCAGCCCUGAGGAGUUCAGUGGCCAGGAUGCAGCCUUGGCGGGGUCCAUUUCACUCAAUAGAAUCUGCUCCUAGAAAGCUAUUUGACAGAAGUAAAAACAAAAAUGUAGGGAGAGGGAGACAUAGGAAGUGACCUUUAGUGGCUGGGUUGGGUGUAAUAAAAGUUUCCACCCAACUCUGGGUUUUGGAGUUUCUCCGCAGGAGGUAAUUUGUGAGCAGUGAGGGGGAAUAACCAUUUCAUCCCUAACAGCUCUUAUGAAAACUUCCGAGCCAUGUUUAAUAUUGCAACCAGAUCAUCUGCUUGCGGGUCAGGUGGCUGCAGCAUCCUUCAGGUGUAUCUGGCUCCACUGCCAUAGGAACAUAGGAAGCUGUCUUAUACUGAGUCAGACCAUUGAUCCUUCACUGUCUGUAUUGUCUGCGCUGACUGGCAGUAACUCUCCAGAUUUUAGACAGGAUUCUUUACCCAACUCUACUUGGAGAGGGCAGGGAUAACACCUUUUGCAUGCAAAGCAUGCGCUGUAACACUGAGCUGUGGACCUUCCCUUAGUUGACUGCAGUUUAAUGUUCUUCAUGUGUAACUAUCCAAAUACAGGUGCUAAAUUAACAUGCAAAAUCAAAUAUGAGUGUAUUAUUGCCAGUGAUCGUCCUUGUGAAUGGUCAUUAUGCUUAUUUCGCAACUCAUGUUAAUUGAGUUGUCCCAGACUGUAUUUUUUACACUCCUUUGUCACUUGACUCCACUGUUCGCAACUUUUUCCUCUUUCUCCACCCAUCUAUAUAUAAACCUAACUGAAGAUAAUCCUUCACACAUCUAAUGAAGUAAACUCAAAAGUCCACAAAAGCUUACACUGUGAUAAAAUUGGUUAGUUUUUAAGGUGUCGCAUGACUCUUUGUUGCUUUAACAGAUUCUUCUGACACUCCAGAGAGAAUAAUUGGGCAAAAGGGUCAAUGCAGACAUCUCUUUGCUCCUGUAAUAAAUAGCACAUGCUGAGAAGUAACCUUUCAGUGGAGAGUGUACAGUUAUUCUCUCGUUCUGCAGAGUGAAGCCUAACAAGGCAGCUGUAAACAGGACAAGUGCGCUAAAUUUUUCCAUUAUAUGCAUUUAGCCCAUUGCUGAGCCAAAAUCUCUGAGAGAUAAGGCGUGUGUAUUCAUUUUUUUCUGCCCUUCCCUGAAAUAAUAAUAAAAAAUGAUAAUAACAAUGGAGGAAGAGUUGCAAUAAAAGGCUGGGUGGAGUUCUGUAGAAACUAUUGUUGCUGUUUAAGCUACAGAAAUAGAAAAUAUGUAGGUGGUAUUUGUAUUGGUUUGGGGGGGUUUUUGUUAAGAAGAAUGCAUAAGCUUUCAUGUUACACAGCAUUUUGUUGUCAGGCAGAUGAGAGACGCAAGUUAAAUCACAGACCAGGGUUGGUAAUGCACACAAAUAUUUUAGACAGUGUGGCCUAAUUACAAACAAGUCCCUUAGUUCCUUUCCCUUCCUUAAGCACAUCUUUAAAAACAAUUUCUCUGACCUCCAGCCUACACAUAAGCACAAGUAACCCCAUGUGAUCUCUCUCUUGUGGCUUUCAAGAGCAAGGCUGGGAAACUCUGUAAAUUGUGCUGGACACCUGCAUGACCCAAGUUACAUUUGUUAGUAGCUCUGCUUGCUAGGGCCAAGAUAAUCCUGCAUUGCUCUCUUAAAUGUUGCUCAUUGUUUCAUAAUGCAUUAAUAUGAUACAGUACGAGGUCUCUGGACAUAAGGGGACUCAAGUUGAGCAGCCGUGACAAUCACUAGGUUGUAUUGGACAAGUCAUUGUCUUUUAGCUAGGUCUAUUUCUUCGAGCGAGAAAAUAAGAGAAGAAUUGAAAUGCAUUCCGCACAUUAGAAAGCCUGUGGAAAUAAAGAACUACAGGUAACCCAAACACCCAUUCUAGAGAUCUCAUACACCCCACCACAAGUCUGGGAUAUGCAUAGGCUUUAUUUAUCAUGUUGGUGGAGAAUCCUGAUUUGCGCUGGUAAAGGAAUGCAUGUGUGGAUCUGGCAAAGAGUCACUCUUGAAACAGAGAAGCUACUGCAGUCAGGGGAGUUCUUGCAAAUGUGAUGAGUUGUUCACAUUGUCUUACUACUUAGUAAAAUGUAAUUAUCCUGCUUAAAUCUUUGCUUCUGGUUUGCAUGAGUAAUCAAGAAGGGAUAUAUUAUAGUUUAACCUCAUAUUUAGAGACUUAUAUUUAAGAUGCAGAUACAUUUAGUUCACUGUUGGAAAGUUAGAUGUGAAAGCUAGGAGCUAAAUGACACCUUAAACCUAGGUUAUGGGUGCAACAACUGAAUGUCAAGGCAUGCUUUUUUUUAACAAGAAUAUAAAGCUGAAAAUGAAUGAACUGCAGCUAAAAUAUUAUGUUAAUUUUUCACAUGGUCUAGUCCUUAUCCUGCCCACCCACCUAAUAUUCUUAAGAGGGACUCUUCUCUAGUCUUCAGUGAGUAGCUGGAAGUGGGGAGGCAGAAAAAGGUCCUCCUUUCCUUCCGCUCUGUAGUUUUAAUCUGAAAUUUUAAACACAGUACUGCAUCCAGAGCUCAGAAACUUCUUGCACUAAUGAAAUUCUGUUGCAAAAUGUGCCGAGAACAAUGGGGGUUUUAAACACUGGUUUAAUUCUUGGCCUAUGUGCUCUAACUUGCACUUCCCAAGUCUUGGGCAGGGCUGGUGGAGAGAGAGAGAGAGAACUCUGUUGAGUCAGUUUAAGCUUGAGAUUACAUAUUAUGGGUAAGAGACUUUAGAUGUAAAUUCCCUGGAUUAGUCCAAAGAUACCAUCAAAUAUUUGGGUCUUCUGAUCUGUCUGAUGCUAUCUGAUCCUAAUGACACUUGAAGCAUGAUGCCCCAGACAAGCUUAACUUCUGGGAUCUGUAUCCUCCAAUCCCAAUAAUACAACUCCUUGGAUAUAAUAGUUUAGAAAUCUUACAUAAGACCCUAUGCAGGAGCUAUUUUUUCAGUUAAGUAUUAUCCCAAAUGCCAUGAUUAUGGCAAUGGAGAACAAGAUGUGGAUUAUCAUCAGCUUCCAGAUGAGAUUAGUUAAUAUACAGAUGACAAUACACAAGGUCUUCAAUAAACAAAGAGUUUAUUUCACAAAAUUAAACCUUCACUGUUUUUAUUACUAGAGGUUCCUAGUACAGUUCAGGCAAGCUCCCUUGCCUCUUAAGUCAUAGCUAAAAGAAUACCUAUAUUCCAGAGCUGUAUAACGGAAGUCAGAUGUUUAAAUAGUAAAAUGGAGAUUGAAUGCUGAUGUAAUAUGUUUUAAAGUUACUACUACAGUGGUACCUUGGGUUACAUACACUUCAGGUUACAGACUCUGCUAACCCAGAAAUAGUACCUCGGGUUAAGAACUUUGCUUCAGGAUGAGAACAGAAAUCAUGCUCCGGUGGCGCAGCGGCAGCAGGAGGCCCCAUUAGCUAAAGUGGUGCUUCAGGUUAAGAACAGUUUCAGGGUAAGAACGGACCUCCAGAACGAAUUAAGUACUUAACCCGAGGUACCACUGUACUGUAUUGUCACAUCAUGUGUGCUGUUUUAAAUACACACUGAAAAGCUAAGUCAACUAAUAGCAUAAAUUAAGCACACUUAAGGACUUCAUGGUCUCCAUGACAACUAUGGAACUCUCCAAUGGUCAUCAGUCCAACACAGUGAUCAGACCAUACCCUUGAACUAGGCUUUUUCUUGAGGGAUGUAGCAAAGGUGAAUUGUGCACGAACAAUUCACUCACUUAUCAUGGUCUGAACAUUAGCUGGUGAAGUUUGGUUUGGUGGCACCAAUUAUCCUCUGUAAGAGUAGAGCACCGGUUAUGCCCACGUGCAUAAACUGAUGGAUUCCUGAAUGCUCUGGGGGAUUUUCCAGCAGAAAAAAGCUGAUGAUCCUGGCAAAGUCCUGGUCAUGCUAUGGAAUGGCGAGAUAUGAUAGGUGAUUGCUCUUGCAGAGCUCAGAGGCUCAUAGGUAUUCUGGAGAGCGUUGGGCAGGCUGUACAAAGACUGCAAGUGGCACAAAUCUUACUCCGAAGUUGACCAAACACAAGUUAGUACACAUCAUGCCUACCAUGUGGCAGUGUGGGUCGUGGAGAGAGCUCAUUUAGCAGCCUGCACUGAAUCCUUUAGUGGUCAGGUGGAGUUGUUUUGGGUGGUCCAGAGGUUGCUGAAUCUCAUUGUAGAGGAAGAAUCUCUAAGCACUAGAUGACCCUUCCAACUCUACAGUUCUAUGAUUCUGUGACCCACUGGUUGAUUAUUUUUUUUUGAGGAUGAAGUUGCUCAGCUCCAGAGUGACUUUGACACAGCUGCUGUAGCUGUUCCAAUUGAAGUGUCUCGUGUUGUGGGAUCAGUUUCGGUUGAUUCAGCCAGAUGAUGUGGACAAGGUGCUUGUGGCCUUAAGUCCAACUGUGGGUCCUCUUCACUCAUCUCUCUUGGCUUAUUAUACCUAGAAGAGGAGGAGUAGACUGGUUAUGGGGGUGGUGUCUCUGACAUCUUGAAAGAGGCAGUAGUAUAGCUACCCCAAAAGAAACUGGUCCUAGACCUAAUGGUUUGGACAGCUGACCAGUUGCAAAUACUCCCUUCUUAGGGAAAGUUGUGUAGAGAGGGUUGUGGCAGAGUAGCUGUAAAGUGUCUUGGAUGUCACAGAUUAUCUCAACCCAUUCCAAUCUUAGUUCAGGACUGCCUAUAGGACCAAGCCAUUCUUGGUCACCCUGGUGAAUUACUUUACCGAGAGUGAGGCAAAGAGAGUCAAACCUUGCCCUUUCUUCUUGAUCUUUCUGUAGCUUUUGAUACAAUUGAAAAUGGUGUCCUAUGGAUGGGUCACCUGAGUUGAGAAUUGGAGGCCUUGUAUUAUGAUGGUUCCAACCCUUACUUUACAUAACCAAGUCCAGAGAGCAGUAUUGGAAGAAUGCUUUUUGGCUCCCUGGCAUUUAUGCUGUGGGGUACAUACCACAGGACACUAUUUUAUCCCCAGCACUAUUCAAUAUCCUUUUGAAGCCAUUGGAAGUGGUCAUUAGGAGUUUGGAGGCAAGGUGCCAUUAGUAUGAUGAUUACACUCAGCUCUAUUUCUACGUAACAUCUAAAUCAGGAGAAGAUGUACAGGCUCUACACUGGUGCUUGGAGUCACUAGUGAACUGGAUGAGGGAAAAUAUACUGAGCUUGAAUCCUGGAGAGACAGAGGCAGUGUACUUCCUAUAUCUGAGAAACUGGCCAAUGGCCUGCCCUGCGCAGGUUUGUACUCCCUCUGAAGGAGCAGAUUUAGAGUCCGGGAAAGCUUCUGAAUCUUGCUUUAUCCCUAGAUGUCCAGUGGCUUCAGUGACUUGGAGCACCUUUUAUCAGCUUUGGCUGGUGUGACUGUUAAGGUUGUUCCAAGAUUGGGGUAGCUUGACUGCAGUAGUUCAGGCACGGGUAACUUCAUGGCUGGAUUACCGCAAUUCACUGUAUGUCGGGCUCACCUUGUGCUUGGGCUGGAAACUACAGUUAGUGCAGAGUGCUGCAGCACGAUUGCAGGCAGGAAGAAGACCCUAUCAGCAUAUUACAACCAUGCUCAGAGACUUGCACUGGCUGUUCAUUUGCUGGCAGGCCAAAAUCAAUGCAAUACUAUUAAUAUGUAAAGCACUCUACAGCUUAGGACCCAUUUAUGGUACUUCUAAGAUUGCCCUACCACAUAUUUGCCCAUUUGACUGCUUCAAUAUAUGGAACAGGCACUUUUAUGAAUGUUGCAUAAUGUUUGUUCCACAGUUGCAAGGAAUCAGUCCUUCAGCAUGGCAGCAUCUACCUGUAGCUUGAUCACCUGAACGAGCAACAUUUUAAAAUUAAAGAAAGUUUUGUGUUUCAAGAAGUCCGGCAGAGAGUCUACCUUUGUUUCCUCUCUGCUGCAACAUAUGUUGUUAUGCGCUCAGCUCUCGAGAUAACCGGCCUGUAUAUUGUUCUCCAGUAUAUAGAUAAAGGAAACACAAUGAUCUGCCUCCAGAGCCUACUUCUUUUCACAGUAUGAUGAUAGUAGGCCAUUUGUCACAUUAAAUAGAAAAUGAUGUUCCUUCAAGCUCAUUAAUUGUUAUUUCUGUGCCAGUGUCCAUAAUGUUAAUGAAAAGCUGUGAGAAAAAAUAGGCAAAAUGUAUAUAUUUUAACUAAUUAUUUCAGUUUUUCUUGUCCACUUAUUUUAAGUGAAGGCAGAAUGUGAGGUUUAAUAAGAGCAAAUACAACAUUAAAAAAGCAGUAUUAAAAGUUUCAAGUCCCAAAGUAUCUUCAGAAUGCUGAUUUUUUUAAAAAAAGACAAGUUUUACUUCCCAGUGACAAAGAAUCUCUUGUUCUGUGACUUUAACUAAAGGGUAAUUGUAGCGUAGCUCAGCCAACAGAAACAAGUACCUGAUGCUGGAAUGAGAACAUUGGACAAUAAAACUUGCCAAAACCACUCCAACACAAUAAUUUGACUUUAUUCUUUAAAGAAAAAAAGUAAUGAGGAAGUUAUCAAAUGAAAUGUUUAAUAGAAAACGCAAUUAUGCCCACACUGCUUUAAUCAGUGCUGUGAUUCUAGUAACUGUUAAGAGAUAGGAGUUUAUAUGUAACAAUGAUCAAGCUGAAGUCCAACAAUUAGCUAUUUCUGGCAUAUGACAUAAUAAUUAUCUAAUGUUGAGCUGCACUGGACACCGUUUGACAGCUUCAGCGAUUCUAUUCCUAGUAACUUUUUUUGGUAGGUCUUUAGAGCAGAAGUAAUCAGUGUAGUGCCUGCCAGAUGUUGGAUUAUUACAGCUUCCAGCAUCUUUGACCCUUGGUUCUGCUGCCUGAGGCUGAGGAAAGCAAGCACUGGGGCAAGUUCUCUUUCUCUGGCCAGUGGUUUGGGCCACACUUUCUCUCCCCUUUACUGCAAUGUUAUUUGUGGGGAAUCAGGGAUGUAGGCUCCCAGUAGCUGUAGGGCACCUGACUGGUGGCAAAGGCCAGGGGGCGCCUCUCUUCAGUUUUGCAGUCCCAGGUGUAACUGGCAGUAACAUUAGCAUGUUGGGGGGGGUGUUGCAGGGAGGGGAGAAAGAAGCUCCUUGCCAAUGUUCCAUGAUGGAUGCAGCCAAUUUAGUCUCUCCUUGCCAUGAUAGAGUUAUUUAUUUAUUUAUUUAUUUACUUUACAUUAUUUAUAAACUCCUUCACACCUAGGUGCUGUCAAAACAGUAAACACAGGAGGCAACUCCUAGGGGCUGAGUUCCCUUUGGCCCCCCCAAUAAAAUAUUUGAGAGGGCCCAGCCCCCCCCCCCCAAGUUAACAGGCAUUGCUAGCCACAUGGUGUGUGUGUACGACAUCAUGUGAUCAGUUAUGUAGGCGGGGAUUCACCUGCCCCCCUCCCCCAUAUUUUAUUCAAGUUGGCACCCCUGGCAGUUAAGAUGCACUUUGAUAAAAUACAAAAUUGUAAAACCAUUUCUAAAAGCAAUAAAACCCUUUCUACAAUUAGGGUUAGUAUUCCACAACUUGACUGGGCACAAUUAGGGGGAAGCCUUCUUAAACAGGAACAUCUCCAAUAGCCACCUAAAUAUCAUGACAUUAGCUGACUAAUUUCAGCUGAUAAUUGAUUCCAGAGGGCUGCAGAGGCAACACUAAAAGCUCAGUUUCUAGUACAAACAUCCAUGCAGUAUUUUAAGCAGUACCCCAUCCCAGGAUAACAACUGUCAGGCAGGGAUAUAUGAAGGAAGAUGGUCCCUCAAGUAAUCUAUUUAGGGUUUUAAGCAGUGCUGUUUUUCUAGAAAAAGAGGUGCUGGAACUCAGAGUCAACACCUCCUUUAUUCUCUUAGAAUGACAAUGGCACCCACGUGAGAGGUGCCAUAAUGAGUUCUGGCUGGAAAAAAAGAGCCCUGGUUUCAAGUGGUAAAGCAAAAUUAUGAACUAGGCCCAGCAGCAUAUUGGCAGCGAGUCCUGCAUUCUCAGCAGAGGUGUUGUAUGGUGCAUAGCUGUCAACCUUUCCCUUUUCUUGCAAUGAAUCCUAUUCGGAAUAAGGGAAUUUCCCUUAAAAAAGGGAAACGUUGACAGCUAUGAUAUGGUGUCGUCAGGAUGCUCCCAUCAGUCGCCUAGCUACUGCAUCCUGCGCCAGCUGGGUUAAGUUCAAGGGAAGUCCCACAUAGAGCAUGUGGCAGUAAUCCAGUCUUGAGGUUGCUGAUGCCAAGACCACAGUGGCUAACGUGUCUCAGUCCAGGAACACCUGUAGCUGCCUCACCAACCUAAGCUGAUAAAAAGCACUCUUUGCCACCAAGGCCAUGUGUGACUUCAAGUGAGUCAGUAGGUACCCAUUUCUUCAGAGGGAGUGCAAUCCCAUCCAGAACAAGUAACUGACCUCUCUCAAAGGCCUGAGUUUUCCCAAGGUUUAAACACAGUUCAUUGGACCUGGGAAGAAAAGGGUACAGCCUCCUAGUGGUCCUUUGUCAGCUGGCCAAUGACAGAGGCCACACAAAGGCAAACAUGUUGUUGGACAUGCAGUCCUUGAUGAGAAGUCCUAAUAUUUUUCUUAGAGAGAUGUUAUCUGAUUUGAACUGUUUUUGCUAAAAUGUUUCCAGAAGAAGAAUUGGAAUGUUAGGAAUGUCUAUCCAGGUGAGUCCAAACAAUGAAGCAGUGUAAAAUCCUAACUAAGCCUGCGAGCACAGUGAAAUAGACUAGCACAGACACCAAAAUAACUAAAAUUUAUAGGAUAGCAAACAGGCAAAGGGAGACAAAGGCAAAGGCUUAAUUAUGAUAGCGGUGCUGUAUCCCAGAUGAGUUCAUGCAGGUGUCGGUUUUAAAUUUAGGAAAUGAGACAUGCAUAUGACUUCAAGGGGCUCAACUCUAGCAACACAUACUCAUACCACACUCUUGGAAAGCAGACCUACAGUGAUUGAAAUCAACACUGGGAAGGAAUUUCUACUCCAGAUGGCUGGCUGUCCUGUUUUUUUAACGCAACCGUGAAUUUUAUAAAAUGCAGUUGUGAGUCACUUUGAGGGCUCCAUUUGAAUAUAAACCUAGUGAACCUGCCAAAUUUUGAACCAGAAACAAGAAAGCACUUGGCCACAAUUCUGUUCAUAAGGUUAAAAAAAGCUUUCCUCGUUAUAGGUAUGAGUUGUAUAUAUUUAAAUCUGUAAUGUUAGAUUUCUUUUUGGGAUUCUGUAUGAAACACAACACUAUAUCUGGUAGGCAAAUGCAAAUCUGUAGUCAUAAUACAUAGUCACCAUCUUGGAUGGCUUUAAGAAUUAGCAAAAUUCAAGGAGAAUUGGGCUACCAAUUACUAUUAGCCCUAUGGCUGUGUUCUAGCUUCACUGCUGUCUUGGUAACAUUUCCAGAGAUUAUCAUGUGCAUUAACCUGUAUGAUGGAACAUUAACUUGUAUCGUUAUGGCCGCAAAAGCUAAUAGGUGAUUUAUAGAAUGGUGCUUCAGUUGCUUAUGUGCAUCCAUAAAUGUAAGCAACUUUCCCCCCUUACAAGUAGAAAUGUGGAUUUUUAAAACAAUACUAGCGUUAGUUCAUCUAACUGAAACAGAAACUUAAAUUUCUGAUUCUGAGAAAACUAUCUUUGUUUUAGAAUCUGAGUUAGGCAAAUAAUUAACACAGAAGUUAAUGUUCAAUUUUUGUUCAAAGUAACCAAGGAAACAAAAGCAUACAGGUUCAGUUGAAGCUCUAUUACAGUUCACUUUUAAAUCAGUCAGUCAUAAGUGUGAACAAAUUACUAGUGGUGAGUGAACGUAAAAAUGGGAUAGUUUGGGCACUGGGUUUUUGAAUCCUGCUCCUUACAUUUGUUUUAGAUGGGUCAGUUUCAGACCCACAGGGAUUCCUCUUCCUCCAACUUCCUGGGAGAGGCUGUAGGCAGAACUUUUGGGAACUAGUAUGGUAGUGGACCUAAUGGUCAGGGGUCCCUUUACCUUUACCUUUUUAUGGUAGGGCCUUGGGCAUUGCAUGUGUAUAUCUCAGUAUUCAGAAAUACCGGAAACUAUGGGAAAUGGAGUUCUUUCCUGGCUCUGCUCUGUUUGCACAUGUGCACAUAAGUACCUUGGGGCUCUUGCAAGACUUGCCAGGGACUCACAAAAAACCUUGCUUGCCGUUUCCCACAUCUCAGUAAGCCUUAAAUUUGAAAUGAGAAAAGUACCAAUAGUCAGAUUAAUGCAAACUUGACUCCUUUCUCCUCCCAUGGGCUCGCACUAAGAUUUGGUAUCUGCUGGUAAAUUUGUACUCAAUUAUUUACUGAGCAUUGGAGUUCUAAUUAUUUGAGUUGGGGCAGUAAAAUGAGGGCUUAAAAUGAAAUAUUUGAUUUGAGCUUUCUGUGGCCUAUAACCUAAUUCUGUUCCAAAUGCAUUAUGUUUGGUAUUGACCCAGAAAUAUUCUCUCUUUUAUUCUAAAAUUCUUUAAUUUCUUGCAAUGCCAGGGUCAUUAAGCCUUAUUUAAUGUAAUUCUCUUAGAAUGGAUAAUAUGAUAUACAGUUGGGUAUGGUAUAACUAGCUACACAUGUUUUAUUAUGUAUAUAUGUCAGUGUAAUUUUUUUGAGCCAAAAUAUGGCCUGUCUUGUUUUAAAAUACCUUUUUGGCAUGUUUCAGUUAUUUAACUAAAGCCAGUAGAAGCCUGCCUCUUGACUUUUGGCAUCAUAACGGUUCAGUUUUGUCUGGGCUGUGUUGGUAAAAUGGUAAGAAAACUCUCUUUCCUAUACUAAGCCAACUCAUAAAAAUAUUUCUAGCUUUAGUGUUAGGGGUUUGUUUUUCUUUUUCUUUUUCUUUAGAAAAGAUAUAACUAAUUUAGUAAUGCCUUGGUUCUAAUUUAUUUUUUAAAAAUAGACUGGCAGCUACGUGAGAAAUAUUUCAUGAAUGAAUGCAUGUCUGUAAAUGUUACUUCUAUAAGAAGUUAUUGGAACAAAUUAUGAACCAAACAGAUUCUGAACCCUGUUUUUAAAGAAAUUAUAUAAGACCAGAUCAUUUGUUUUAAACCUUAUGUAUCAAAAAAUGUUAGUAAGAAAAAAACAAGACAAGUGGACUUCCUACAGGGGGUGACUUACUGAGCCGCUAUAUUGGUGUCAUCCCCUCCCCCCUUGUUAUUGUUCUACUCUAGUGUGUGGUCAUUUGCUAAAACUUGUUCUAUUGGUAGGAUAAUGGAGUUGGGCGAAAACCACUUGUGGCAGCUUCAUGCAGAGAUUUCUAGAGUUCUUUUGUUCUAUGUUGUUGUUGUUUAGUCAUUUAGUUGUGUCCGACUCUUCGUGACCCCAUGGACCAGAGCACGUCAGGCACUCCUGUCCUCCACCGCCUCCCACAGCUUGGUCAAACUCAUGCUGGUAGCCUCGAGAACACUAUCCAACCAUCUUGUCCUCUGUCGUCCCCUUCUCCUUGUGCCCUCAAUCUUUCCCAACAUCAGGGUCUUUUCCAGGGAGUCUUCUCUUCUCAUGAGGUGGCCACAGUAUUGGAGCCUCAGCUUCAAGAUCUGUCCUUCCAGUGAGUACUCAGGGCUGAUUUCCUUAAGAAUGGAUCGGUUUGAUCUUCUUGCAGUCCAUGGGACUCUCAAGAGUCUCCUCCAGCACCAUUGUUCUGUGUAGUCUACUGUAACAUCAAGUCUUGCAUGCAUACAAAGGGGAGCCCAAGGCUUUAUAGAGGAGGUGCCAUGUUUGCAAGCAGAAGGUAGCUACUUCAGGUCGAAGGACUCCUGAAGGUCAUUGUAGACCAGAUGUGGGAAACCCUUGGCCCACCAGAUGUUGCUGAACUACAAUUCCCCCCAUCCCUAUCCCCUGGCCAUGCUUGCUGGGGCUGAUGGGAGUUGUAGUUCAGCAACAUCUGGAGGGCCAAAGGUUCUCCACGUCUGUUGUGGACAGUGAUCAGGCAGAUGGGUGUAUGGCGAGACGUUCUAUGAGGCAGUUCCUUUACGUUCCUAUGCCUGUUUUGUUAAUAUAUCUUUGGAUGCUACAUCAUCAGAACACAUGGUUUUUGAGAAGCCACAGUUGUGUCUCCAUGAUGAUAUGGUGAAAACCUAUUGGGAACUGUUUUGCCUGCCCUGCUAGUUUUUUGUGUGUAUGGAGGUGUGUGGUAUUGUAUGUUGUUGAUUUCUACAAAUACCGUCAUACUCUGUGAAGCGAAAACCCAGCAGGAACUGUGCCGUGUAUGUGACUUGGCUGUUCACACAGUUUAGCUACCAGUGUAUGGUUUCCCUCCCAACAUUUUUCUGUUUUUGUUUCUCGGUAGGUGUUACCAAAUCGGUGUUUUGGAAUAAUGUUCUUGCUCUGGCUUGACCCACAUACCCUCCCUAAUCAGUUUAAAUGUACUACAGUUUACCUUUUCGCUUAAAGCAAAAUAAACUUUGGGCCUACUCUUGCAUCUAAUGUUACUACACACAGAAAGAAACACACACAUGCCUUUUUUUAAAAAAAAUACUGUGAAGAUAAACAGUUGUAGUUACUGAGGAUCUUGUUUCAGUGCAAGACCUGGCAUAAUAGAUGGCAGUUCAUCUUCUAGCUUUCAGUUCUCCCUCUCUAGCUUUAUGGAUGUGGAGACAGCAAUGCUUUGUUGCUGCCAUACUAAACGCUCUCGAGAACUGACAGAACAAAGAGCAACAGAUUGCAUUUCAAGGGCGCCCUUCCAAAACUCUAUCAAACAGUUGAAAAUAGCGAAUGGCAUGCUGCACUUAAAAAAAAAAAUGUGAUAAGAAAUCAAUCAGGAAUAGAGUUAUUUGAAAUAAUGGUACAGUGGUACCUCGGGUUACAUACACUUCAGGUUACAUACGCUUCAGGUUACAUACGCUUCAGGUUACAGACUCUGCUAAGCCAGAAAUAGUGCUUCAGGUUAAGAACUUUGCUUCAGGAUGAGAACAGAAAUCGGGCUCUGGCGGCACGGCGGCAGCAGGAGGCCCCAUUAGCUAAAGUGGUGCUUCAGGUUAAGAACAGUUUCAGGUUAAGAACGGGCCUCCGGAAGGAAUUAAGAACUUAACCCGUGGUACCACUGUAGUCCACAGUUGCCAGCAGCCAAUUACUGUGGAUUAUUAAUCUGAGAGGGAUUGUUCCAUAUCUCACUAGAAAUCCAUUUCGGGCAGAUGCCACACAAACAAAGAUUUAAUUUCUGCUCCUGUUGUAGACUUGUAUUAACCACCUGAAAACAAUGAACUGAGUGCUUGGCUAUAGUAGCGCUCAGCGAGGUGCAGGGGUGCCAAUUUGAAUAAAAUAUGUGGGGGGACAGGUAAGCCCCACCCCACAUAAUUGAUCACAUGACAUGGCACACACACACUCCCCCAUUUGAAUAGCAGUGCCCAUCAACUUUGGAGAUGGCCCCCUCAAAUAUUUUACUGGGGGGACGAAGGCACCUCCGCCCCUAGUAGUUGGCUCCUAUGGUGAAGAUGCCUCAAGUGGGGCAUCCUUGCUCUCACAGAUUCCCAGCACAGAUAGUUGCUGGCAUUUACCGAGAAGGGGAGGGAAAGGGGCGAGGUGCAGGGCAUGUGCACAUUGGCUCCAUCAUCAUGUGCUGUGCCACAUGUCUAGUGUUUCACCUCGCACCCUUCUGUCUCAGUAAGUGCCAGUGACCCACUGUGUUGGGAAGCCAGUAGUGUUUCAUCGGCCGCUACUGCAAGUUGUCUGCAUGUGCUAGAAUUAAUAGGAAUGACAUCGUCGGUGUCAGGAGCAGAUGUCAGGGGCAGGUCAGCAAUCACUCACCCAGCAUCAGUGAAAUUAACUCUGUAUUCAAAGGAACAAGACAGCUCAGGAGGCCAGGCCUACUGAUCACAACAGCUCUUCCCAGCAGAUCUUGCCCCAAUGAGGCAGUUAUGAGGACUGCCUUCCUACAGUUUCCUAUGACUCCUCCUCUCCCAGGUCCUUCUCAAGCAAUCUGAGACUUUGCCGCCUUGCCUGUCUUUGCUCUGCCCUCUUCAUACCUCUUCUGGUUCUGGGAGACCAGGGGGGAGGGGAGCUGGUUGCAGCAGGAAAGGGAGACCCCUUGGCUUCUUCAUCUCUGCCUCCACCCUCUGCUUCUGCCUGAUUCUGGAUUGCUCUCUGCUUCAGCAUGUUACCACUCACUAAACUCUCUUACCUCUUCAGCUUCUGAUGCCUUCUCCUCCCAAUCUGCUCCCUCUGACCACUCAUUGUCCCACCACCACUCCCCGGGCUCUGAGCCACCUUCCCUUGGGGGUUCCCCAGCUGGUGCCUCCCACCACUCCUUUGCAUUCAGCCAGUCCAUGACGCUAAUACUGGAUCAGUUAGUAGUAGUGGUAGCCAAUAGGGCCAGCAGCAGGGUUUUCUGGGCCUUGCAAAAUGUGCACUUCUCCCUGACCUUGAUUCUUUAGCUCAAAAAGGCCUGCUGUGACUUACUGAAGAGCAGAAUCCUGAACUCCUAGGGAGUGAUGUAUCAGCCCACUUUGAUUUUCCACAAAGUACCCAGAACCUCAUGUUUUAUGCUUUCAAAUCACAUUUUUAACUUUAGACAUUGUGCUCUGCUCCCACACAUGUUUGCAAAUAGCUGAAUGGCCUUGUGUAUAUAUAUAUCUUUUACAGCAGACAACAGAUGUGCCAUCUCAAAUGCAGUGACGUGUACCAACUGUCUUGCUGUGGGCCCAGAGUGUGCAUGGUGUACUCAAGAGGUAAGCUCUCUUCUCCGUAUUAGUCAUCCUGGUACUUCUUUGUCUGCUUUAGCGGCUUCAAUGCAAAUGAAAUAAGUCUUCAGCUUCUGUGCACAUGAAAGGAGUCCCUAGUCAAAAGGGAAAAUUCAACAAUUGUUGGGGAAGUACAGUAACUGUUAAAAAACUGAACCUUCGUAUUUUGAUGAGUAACAGGCCCAUCGCAUGUAAGCAAGAGGGGACCAAAAUAAGAAGGGGGGGGGAGCAGUUUAUUCCUGUGUACACAUUACUGUUUUUUACUUAUGUUCAUUAAGGCUAUAUUAAUGAUGAUAAUUACAAUAAUGAUGAUGAUUAUUAACCUGCACAAAGCAGUGGUAGGCCAGGUCAGAAGGGAGCUAUUUCUGGGGUUGCCAGAGCACACCUUUGUCCUACUGCCUUUCCCUCUUCUUUACCUCUUUGUUUUCAUCCUUUGCUUGCUGCUAAGGGGAAACAGACACAUUAAGAAUGUGGGGUUCUUAUUGGUUUAGCCCCCCCCCCACACACACACUUCUAGCUGCUUGUUUGACCUCUGAGGGGGGGAGCACGAAAAAAGGGCCUUUAAGAAGCAAAACAAAGACUUUCCAGUUGAUUUAAUUAUUUGUUUGUAAGAAAAAUAAUAGGGAGGCAGAGAAAAUUUUGGGGGCCAUAUAUGAUUUGCCAUACACAUGUUGGAGUCUCUAGUGUGGAGAUUGGUUUUGAAAUACAUCCAGCUUUAAAAUAAAAGGGUUGAUUGCAGAGUAGAGUGACGCUCUUGCAUUGUUUUCUACGGCCUUCAACAUGCACUUUCUAAGAGCUCCAGCAUUCCUCCUCAUAGAGACCAUAUGGAUCAGCACAGCCAGUGUGGUGCCUUCCAAAUCUUGUGAACUACUGCUCCCGUCAGCCAUUGGCUGGGUUGUCUGAGACUGAUGAGAGCUGUAGUCUGCAACAUUUGGAUAGCACAGCAUUUGGACAGCGUCCCAUUGACAACCUCUAUGUGGAUGCAUAUUCAGCAGGUCACCUGAGUUGAUAAUUGCUUCUUAAAACCUGUUUAAUAUUAGUUGGACAUUACAAAAUGCUUUAAAGAAUGAUGAUUUGUGCCUGAGCAGACCGUAUUUUAGUCAGAGUGUGUGGGUCUUGGGCAUACACUUCUUAGGCCCUUAGAAACCUGUAGCUGUUCCAUAUACAGUGGUACCUCAGGUUACAUACGCUUCAGGUUAUAUACGCUUCAGGUUACAGACUCCGCUAACCCAGAAAUAGUACCUCGGGUUAAGAACUUUGCUUCAGGAUGAGAACAGAAAUCGCACAGCAGCAGCGGGAGGCCCCAUUAGCUAAAGUGGUGCUUCAGGUUAAGAACAGUUUCAGGUUAAGAAUGGACCUCCGGAAUGAAUUAAGUACGUAACCAGAGGUACCACUGUAUUGGUAGAGAGUGGGUGGGAACAACAUCCCUACUGACAUUGGAAUAACAAUUUUGUGGCCAUAGUUAUCGAACAUCUUCCACUGCUCCUUGAUUAUCAUUAUUAUUUUAUUCAGUCUACAUCCCAUCUUUCCAAAGGAGCCCAGGACAGCAAAUACAUCAAUAAUAACAUAUUUUUUAAAAAAUAAUAAUCUAAGAACUGUGAAUUUGCUUGCUGUUGAAGCAAUUCAGCCUGUGUACAGGUUCAGUGGAUAAUGCUUUUCUAUGGUUCUCAGUUAGGUGGAGAUACCUUGUGUGUAUUUCUAGACUCUGGGGAGAAAUUCAACUGAAAUCAUGGCAGUUGGGAAUGGAGACAGUUCAUUCAUUCCCACUGUCACCAUGUCCAUUACAAGAUCUGCACAAGUUUGGGGGUUUUGUGCUCCUGCAUGCCAUAAAUACACACUUUCCCAUAAACCUUAACAAUUUAAAUUUCUAAGAAACAUGUUUUCUCUAUGUGUAAGAAAGACAAACUUUAGUAAGAGGGCAAACAAAGAAGGUGUGAGCAUAGCACAUUCUGUCAUAUAUUAACAAAAGGCAUAGUCCUCUUUUAUAUUUACCUAGGGAAAACUUCAUUAUGGGGGAUUGCUAGGCGUUCCAGAUAUUGACAUGUUUUUCCACGACUCUCUGAAUAUUAUUAUCAUUAUUUACAAACAGCAGAAAUCUCUGCUACAUACACAUAAAUGUGUCACUUUAAAAUUUGUUCUCAGCUAGUCUUAAUUGGAUUAAUUUUUCCAGUAUGGCAAUAAGGCAGAUUUGAUUACACCAAGCCAAUCUUUAGUCACUCCCACAAAAUGUUUCCAGUUUUUAGUAGUAACCAUUCAGGGUACUACUAAGAGAAAUGGAACCAAUUAUUUAUCUGUUCCAUUUGCAUGUGGUUCAUCCCAGUCUUCUUUUGGUCUGUGUAGGGUUAACAUUGAUUCCCUGUGUAGGGAACAUACUCUUUAAGACUUUCUCUUGCCUUGUCCUGCCUCUCCAUACAUUCCCUCCCUUUUGAAUUUCCCCCUUUAUGUCUUGCUCCCUUAAUGUAUUCCAGCAAAUAAAUCCGAAAUGGUUUUUGGCAAUAAAAGCAAUUCAGUUAUGUAGCUUUAUAGCAAAAUGCAUUUUCAGAUGUCAGAAGUGUUUUCUGUUCAAUAAAAAACACUUGUAUUGGGCAUGCAGUUCUUACUAGAUUGUCUUAGGCCACAGGCUAAAUGAAAGGCCAAUUGUAAUUGAUGUCAGAGGAUCUGGUACAUGCAAACAUUUCUGAGAUGGAAAAACCGCCAUGAAGAAUAGAGAGAGAGAAAGAAGUCAUAAUGAGCUCACUUUUCCUUUUUGGUUAUAUGAAAACUGCCAAAGCACCCUCCAGAAACCUUUAUAGCAAUUAGUCCUAACUUCUGUUUUAAAUAUUUUGUUAUAAAAACAAGUGUCCCUUUUUUUGGCACAACUAGGCAUAAUGCAAAAUGUAUCCAUAGUUCGUUUUGUUGUUUGUUGGCACUCUUCCCUCGCUGCCGCGGUCCCAGUGGAAAUGUCCCUUCUCUGCAACAGCUAUUAACCCUGGAAGGACAGUCCACAUGAGUGCUUAUAGGUGCUUUGCUUUAGGUGCUAAUAGCCUGGUCCUAUAGCUAAUAGGGUUUGGGGGAGCAGUGAUGUCCACCAGGUCUGUAUUUGGCCAGUAAAAUGGAGAUUCCCACAGCUGGGAGUAGCCAGUGGGGUAGGGCAGUGGUGCUACUCUGACCUCCUGAAACGGGCAUCACUACACCUUAAAAGGAGGAGGAGGAGGAGGUUCAGAGUGAUGCAAAUGUACUGGCAGGAGCACCAGAUUGGUUCUUCUGGUGCGCAGUUGCUGUGCCAACCGCCUCACCCCUCCUCCUCUCCCUCUCCUUUCUGCUGAGCUGCUGCAAUGCCCGUGCCAGGAAGUAUUGCCUACCACUCCUACACACAGCAGCCCACAUGAGUCACUUGGCAUCAUGUCUAGUUUGGACCUGCUAUAGCUCCUUUGGGCAUACUGGCAUGCCUCAUUGUUCUUCAUUAACUUUUUGGUUACCUGGCUAUGCUUGAUGAUAUUUCAGAAUAUAAACAUUUCUUUGUCUCUCCUCUCUAAUUUUUUCCUCUCUCUCUCUCUAUUUGCCUCUUCUCAAACAGGAUUUCAUGGCUGGAACAAAACAGAAGGAACGAUGUGACAUAGUUCUGCACUUAAUGAAAAGAGGCUGCAAAGCAGAUUUCAUAGAAAGUCCCAGUGCUGGUGUAACAAUGCCUGCCGGUAAUUCUAAUGUACAAGUGGCACCAGGAGAAGUUUCAAUCCAACUACGUCCAGGUUUGUUUUUUAAAAAGAAAGCAUUGUUUAAAAAAAAAAUUGAAUUGGACACAGUUAAGCAGGCAAGAGAGAUAGGGCAUUCACACAGAGCCUGGCGUUUGCUUUUUAAAUGAGAAAAAAUACCUAAUUCUGGAGGACUACUAGAGACCCAGUUUUUAAAAGGACUGAAAGCAGUCAGUUCAUACUGAUUUAAAAAAUAACUAUUGGAUAUGCUAAUCUUGUGAGCUUUCUAUAUUUUGUCUAAAUUGGCUAUGGAGCAGUUUUGGCUCCCGCGAUUUUUAUGGCCUUGGCAUCUGUUUAAAUAGCUAAUGAGAUGGCUUGUCACCAUUAUCCAUUGUCUAAUUUCCAUUGUCUAACUCCCAUUAAAAUGUUCAUCAAAAUUGGAUAAUUAUGAGUGAAUAGGUCUGUAUUCUGUUACCUCUCAUCCCAGCCAAAUCCUGUAAAUGAUACUUUGUAUGCUUAGAUUGCCUGGUCUCGUUAUCACAAAUUAAACACAAGCAUACCUACUACAGGUGUGGGGGUUUUUUCUGUUUUGGAUGAGCUCUUAUUCUCCUCACCCUCACUUUUCUCCUGACACACACACACCCCUGGGCUGUGAUGCCAUUGUGGAUUCCACCACCCUUGUUUGUUCAUGUCUUCUUGAAAUCCAACUUGUUUAGUCAGGUUUUACCUUGAAACCUUGCUCUACAAGAUGGUGCAGAGUAGGUUUGCAUCUGUGCUUUAUUAAAAAUUACAAACUGUUUUCGAGUCACUCUGUCCACCUUUGAUCUGUGAUUAGGUUUUGAUCUUCUCUAUACAAAAUGAAGCUCUGUCUUCCCCAUUCGCUCCUAUGGGGAAUCUUAAAACAGCACCCUACCAGAUCUGUGCAGGCUGCAGUCCAUUUGGAGCCUAUUCACAUGAGAAUAUUUAGAACAGGGUGAAGACACAGAGACACUACCAGUAUAACGUUAAGUGACUACAUGAAAAAUUUUUUAAGUGCAUUUUGCUACUCCUCCUUUAAAGAGGAAAGGUAGCUAAGGAACCCAAUUCAACCACCACCAAGUUGCUUCCAGUAACACGAUCUACGGCUGGUUGCUCCAGUCACAUGAACCACAUCCUCUAUCCAUUCAGAUGGGGGAAUAUCUUCACCAUUAGUAGCUCUGUGAAUCCCUAACUAUCAGAUCUGUCAUUACACUCUUCUGCCACUUGUACAGCAAGCCCGCUCUGGGCUUAGAGAUCUUGUACGGGCAUGUGCCUGCAUCACAGCAACUUAACUGGAAGUUAACACAUCUGCCAGUCACCUGCAACGAUGUGACUGAGCCAGCUGCUAAUCCUCAGAAUUAGAGCAGGAUGUAUUUACUGAGCAUAUCCUGGUCUUAUUCAUAUUAGAGUUGCACAGGUAUAAGCCUGGUCCACCACAAACAGUUGUUGUGGUAUGUUAAUACUGAAUAGAGUAAAAGUCAUUGUUUAUUCAUAAUGCUGGUGUUCCAGACUCUUGGGGAUUUAAAGGGAUGGUUUAAAUGAAAGGAAACAAAAACUUUAUUCACGACAAAAGUAUUUUGUGCUGUGGGAGUUGCCUGAAAGUGUGGACUUUGUUUAUAAUAACAUAACUUUGAGUGUGGUGUUAGCGCAUUGAACUCCUAUUCAUUUGAGAACCAGUUAAGGAGAGGCUAUGGCAAUAUUAGCUGCGUAUGUGCAGGUGUUUCUUAGUUGGCUAUUUGCAGAUAGUGCAGACAUAGCAUAAUUGUGUUGAUUCAGACUUUGCUAUUGCCUGACCUGAGAAGCUGCCCAAACCAUUGUGAGAGCUGAGGAAGAACUUCAGGUUGUUAUUUCUUCUGCCUCCAGUCUCCUAUGCAUAUUUUGCUCUUCCCAGCCUCACCUCGGCUCAUCACCCUGCACUGUAUUUGUAUGUUAUCACCAUGACAUCGGAUCUCCCUGGUGAAAUGAGUGGCAGGCAAGAUUUAGUUAAGAGUAGAUCUGCUGGUGUAGGGGUUGAAAGUUUCCAGAGUGAGCUGUCAUGAUAUGACUUCAUAGAUCAACUGAUCUCUGAUAUCUUUUCUCUUCCGUGCUCUUGAAAGCUAGCAAAAUGUAUAAUACAGUGCUAUCCACUUCCUUGAUUGAAAACAGGAAUCUUAAUGAGGUCAGCUUCAUGAGCACAACUGGGAGAGCUUUUUAAUGUUUCUUUGAUGCAGAUGUCCAGUGUUGUGGAAGAUAAGUCGAGUUUAUGCUGAACUGGUUUAUGCUGAACUGUGUACUAGCACUUGCUCAACUACAGAGCCUUGUCCCCAUAGCUGUGCCAUGGAACAACAGUCCCUUCUCUGCCCUGCCUCACUUGUUAGAAGCAAGCAGGUGGUCCAAACUAUAGCAAAGCUAUGAGGCUUUGCUGCCCCCCUUGAAAGUUCACAGUGUUGAGAAAGCCACAGCUUCUAUUUGUAAUAGAUAUUUCAUGCGGCACAGUUGUCACAAGCAUGGAGAAAAAAGUAGAGUAGUUGUGUCUUUGAGAGCAAAGUGUCACAUUAUGUUAGCAGCAUGCCUAAUGGCGUUGAUACUGGCAUUUAUAGCAGGAGCUUUUUGUUCCAGAGGAAGACUGUGCUUCCCUCUUGCAUUCUCAUUGAAGGCCUCGCUAACAAAAACAUAAGGAAACUGUGCCGCUGCUACUAGUUGCCCCAGAUUUUUGCAGUCCAAAUCUCCCAUCAAAUGUUAAUCAUUUGAAGGGAGGACCAUGGUACGUACUAGCAAUACAACAUCAUAGUACUUGCCCCACUCCAAUGGCAUGUAGCUAGCCUACCCGUGAGAGCUGUGUGUGGACAUCUGCAAGAGGGAGCCUAUGUACGUUGGCUUCUAUGUGAUCAUGCAUGGUUCCUGAUUUUUGGAAGUCUAUUCAUAUAGACUUCUCAUUUUUGUAGAUGUUCAUAUUCAACACCUGGGCAUUGGAGGUGGGGCAGGGGCAGCAAUGCAGCCCAACCACUCAUAUUUGUAAAGCCCCUUUCACAUGAGUGAUGCGUGAAUGGGUCUUCACUUGAUUCUGUAUCCCUCCAGGUAGGCAAGCAAAACCACUCAAGCCAAGCUAGAGACAUGUUGCUGGAUUUCAUCCACUGCCCUUCUGAAAGACAGCAGAGGCCAGUUGAUGAAAGGUUUUCAAACACCAUUUCACAUUUGCAUCCCUCCAAGGAAUUCCCCUAAGGAACUUCGUGUAUGAAGUUAACCCCCCUCCCCCCCACAAUAACUAUGUGCUGGAGGUUAUGCCAAGAGAUAGCCACUUAACCAAAGCCGCUUAAUCCUUCAAGGAUCUGCAUAUUCUAUGUAUCAUUGCCAUUUUCUUGUUAGCAUUGGCAAAUGUGGAGGGAAAACAUGACCAUCCCUUCCAUGGAAUAGUGUUAUGAUCAAAGACAAUAACAAUUCUGCUCAUGGAAAUGAUUUACGCUAAAUCAGGCCGAAAGAGAGUAGCUGAGAUGAAAAGAGCAAGUUACUGGGAAAUUUGGUUUGCUUUUUAUUCUCUCCAUUCAAGGGGGAGUAUCCAGCAGUGACAACAAGCAAGGCUUCUGUCUUAUUUUUUAUUUAUUUUUAAUUACUCGAGAAGCUUAGUAAUGCUGCUUAUCUGCCAAGUUAAACAAGGUUUCAGCCUGAGACAUUUGUUUGUUGUGUAAUGAUUUGUACAGGAAAGACACAUAGAUACUUCUGGAUUGGGUAUGGCACCCCUUCCAACUAUACCUCCUACAACUAGGACAGCCCCCAUUCUGGCAUCCAGGGAGUCAGUCAUCUUAGUGGCUGCCCUUGUUUGGGAAGUGGGUCUGAAGUCUUUGACUUUUCCAGAGUGCUGUGCAUGCUAACAAAGUUCAUAAAAUGCGCCCCCUGGGAUGCAGGAUAAGUGUUCCGUUGCGGAAGAGAAUGUGGGGGACUUUCUGGGAUUGGCAGUUUGCUUGUCUCAUUAUGUGGCUACCCAAGUAAAGAGCUGCCACCAGAACGGUGGCUCCUGUCCAGCAGCUGGAGUCCUGAAAGCUGUGAACUGGAGAGUUGGGAAAUGCUGAUGAGCCUAAACUGGAACGGAACCUAAGUUGUAGCUCCGCUUCCUGAGCAAGGAUAUCCCAUUUACAGAGAAAACAAAUGGGUCCAUUCAGAAAUUGCCAGCCCUGCACUAAUGGCUACAAUUUGUAUGCAAAUCAAUCCAUGUUUUUGAGUCAUAGUUUUGUAUUACUUUGCAUAAUUCAAGACUGAUUUCGCACCCUGAGAGAAGAGAGGUGGGUACCAAGGUGAAUAAAGACCUGAACUUUGUUAAUGUUUGCCCUUUGAAGAUUUAUUAAAUCGUUUACUUGAAAACUUUUAAUUGCAAACUGAAGCCUGUCCCGGAAUACCUGGCAACAUGUCUUGUGUCUUGACAGAUAACAUUAGAAAAAUAUUGUGAUUUAUUUGUUUAGUGAAUCCAGUAUAAACUAAUGGUACCCCUAUUUUAUAAAGUACUGAAAACCUCUCCAUCUCCUAAGUUGUUUCUGUCUCUGGCAUUUCCAUUGUUACACACACACCCCACACAAUUUUUUUUAAUUUAAUGAACCUCUGGCAAGUCAUGCUCUUUAUGCUUUACCCUCUUCCCAUUCCUGCCUAAUUUCUUUCUAGAGGAACAUACCCUAGCAUUGUGGCUUUGUACUGUGGAUCUAACCACAUGUAUAUUUUUUCUUUAUUAAAGAUGUAUUACACACACAUUUAUUUAUCCGAUUUAUAUCAUGCCCUUCCUCUCAAAGGAUCCUAGUAUGGCAAACACAUCAAUGAAAAAACAUUUUUUUAAAAAACAACAGUUUAAAACAUUCUCUGAACCACUGAUCUCAGAGGUGCCAGCAACUGCAUUGUUCAGCCAUCAGGUGUGCUCUGGUGACUCACCUAGACUGGUAAACAAAAAAAUUAUUUACAAUGGUUCCUUGGUUUUUGAACGUCCCCAUUGAAGAACGUGUUGUCACCGUUUUGAACACCGUAAACCCAGAAGUAAAUGCUUCCAUUUUCACACAUGCCUCAGAAGUCAAACGGCUUCUGCUAAGUUUUUCUCAGUUUUCUCUAUUAAAUUUGCAGUCCUCCCUUUGUGCCUUGGUUUUCAAACAUUUCAGAACUCGAACGGUCUUCCGGAACGGAUUACAUUCGAAAACUGAGAUACCACUGUAUAUGCGUUAUAUGUGUGAUAUGACGUUGUGCCCCACCAGAUGGCGAUGUGGAGUCCUGUUUUUCUCUUACCUGUUUUCCCUAUUUAGAUUUACAUUUUAAACUGAAAUGCUUCUUUGAUGUGUCUAGAUCCAGCCUCAGUGUAUACACAGAGAGAGUGAACUUGAACUACACACAGGGCAUGCUUUGAAAUAAACUGCUUAGGGAGAGUACCCUUCUCUGGAGAUUUUAGAAGGACCCCUGUACCUCCUGAGGUGAUGUGUAGCAUUCUGCCAGGUAACAAGUGGAGCAUAGCUUGAGGCUCUUAACUCAUCUAGUGCUCUGGUGCAGUCCUCAUCUUCAGAGCAGGAGCUUCAGAGUGGUGAAUUCUGCUUCACAAGGCUUCUCGUGUGUGCUAUUUAUUUAUCACCAGAAGGAGGAGCACUUGACUCUUGCUGAUGGGAAAAAUCCAAUUGCUAGCAUGCAAGGGACCAAAAGGGAACUAACCUAUUCUGCUCAUCAUUGGCAGUAGUUCGGAGAAAUGAGGAGACAGAGGGGGAAAGAGAGUUUCCAUUGAAAUAGAACAGGGCAAAGAGAUCUUUGCAGCAAAUCGAGCUCGUUUUCUAUGCGCCUUGGAGCUCUUAAUUCCCCACUUGUAGUGCAAAGCAGAGACAUCACCUUACCAACAAAGGUCCGUAUAGUUAAAGCUAUGGUUUUCCCAGUAGUGAUGUAUGGAAGUGAGAGCUGGACCAUAAAGAAGACUGAGCGCCAGAGAAUUGAUGCUUUUGAAUGCUUUUGAGCGCCAGAGAAUUGAUGCUGGAGGAGACACUUGAGAGUCCCAUGGACUGCAAGAAGAUCAAACCUAUCCAUUCUAAAGGAAAUCAGCCCUGAGUGCUCACUGGAAGGACAAAUCCUGAAGCUGAGGCUCCAAUACUUUGGCCACCUCAUGAGAAGAGAAGACUCCCUGGAAAAGACCCUGAUGUUGGGAAAGAUUGAGGGCACAAGGAGAAGGGGACGACAGAGGACAAGAUGGUUGGAUAGUGUUCUCGAAGGUGCCAACAUGAGUUUGACCAAACUGCGGGAGGCAGUGGAAGACAGGAGUGCCUGGCGUGCUCUGGUCCAUGAGGUCACGAAGAGUCAGACACGACUAAACAACAACAGUGCGGAGCCAAAAACACCCAGCCUACUUAUGUAGCCUCAUCCACAGGCUGCAAACAUGGAAAAAAAUUUGGGCGCUUGGGUGUGGGGAGGAAAAUCAGAAUUCUGUGGACUGGGGCAUCCUCAAAGAAGAUGGCAGAUUUUCCCACCUUGGUCUCUAUGCUUUCUUCCUCCAAUCCCUGGUUGCAUUCAUCGUGACACACACAAACACAGCAAAACAAUCAAGGUUAUCAAUAACACAUGGUGGCAUACUGAGAGGCAAAAGCAGGCCCCUGUUCACCCAGAAGCUGAAAACUAAAACAGACCACGGGCAAGAGCAAGAUAGGGAAGGAAGAGACUGGGGAGGAACAAACAUAGACCAGUGCAUUUAUAAACACUUAUAAUCUGGUUAAUCAAAAUAUGGAAGAUUGUAAAUAUGAUUAAAAAUUUGAUGAGAGCUAGAGAAGGAAGACAACAACCACAUAAUUGUAGAAAAAUUGAGUUAUUUGUAAUGUAUUGGGACAACAAAGUAAACCCACAUACAUUAUUAUGCAUCAUGCAAUUUGACUCUGAUACUUUUUUCUUUCUUUCUGAGUGCAUGAGAAAUUAUUAAUUACUAUUGCCAAUGGGAAAUCCUAUGUUUCUAAUAUUUAAUAAUAUUGAUGUGGUGUUUUGAAUUAUUGUUUAUUGUUUAAAUAAAACAUUUCAAAAUGUGUAUAUUAAGGGAAAGUGUGUGUUAGUGAAAGUAAUGUACAGAAAUGUAUUAUAUUGGAAGAAAUUGCUUGCAAAAACCUAUAGCAGAAAUUGCACACAAAAAUUUGUCUAUCAGCAGAUUGACACUAAAACAUGCACACACACACACACACACACACACACACAUGCAUGCACCUGGGAUAGUUAAGUAAAUAAGCCAAAAUAAAUGGGAUUUAGAAAUAAGAUAUGCUUGCAGAAUUUUUUAAUGCAACAUUAAUACUCAGAAAUACUUAUUACAGUUUUGUUUUUUAACUAUCAGGAUCUGAAGCAAGUUUUAUGUUGAAAGUCCAGCCACUGGAAAAGUACCCGGUCGACCUUUAUUAUUUGGUUGAUGUGUCUGCAUCUAUGCACAAAAAUAUAGAAAAAUUAAACUCUGUUGGAUCUGAUUUAUCUCAAAAGAUGGAAAAUAUUUCCCUUGAUUUGAGACUUGGAUAUGGAUCUUACGUAGAUAAGACGGUGUCGCCUUAUAUUAGCAUUCACCCAGGAAGAAUUCAUAAUCAAUGCAGGUAAGUAAUUUGUAAAUCUAACUGGAAGCUCACAUGUGUCCUAAACUAAACCAUCCUACAGUGUAACCCUAACCAUGUUUACUCAGAAGUAAGUCCUCCUGAAUUCAAUGGGACUUUCUCCCAGGUAAGUAGAAUUAGGAUUGCAUCCUGAAUUUAAAUCUUUGAGAAGGGCAAGGUGUGAAACAAAUGAUCUAAUAUUUCUAUUUCAUUUUGGUUUAUCUGCUGUAAACUGUUGCAGUGCAUGCAUAAUAUUUUGUUACAUAACUGUGUUGAUGUAACUGGUGUGCUGGUGUGCUGCUUCCUAAUGCUUAUAAGGGAAGGCCUAUAGGGCAAGGGCACAAGGACCUAUAGGGCAAGGUGGGGAAAUGCUAUCUGUUUUUACUAAAGUUGCUCUGUGAAAACUGACCCAUGAGCCACAUUAAGUUUUCCAGAAUAAAUACCGUAUUUUUUGCACCAUAACACUCACUUUUUUCCUCCUAGAAAGUAAGGGGAAAUGUCUGUGCGUGUUAUGGAGGGAAUGCCUACGGGUGGCAUGUCUACGGAUUUUCCUCCUCUAAAAACUACGUGCGUGUUAUGGUCGGGUGCGUGUUAUAGAGCGAAAAAUACGGUAGUAUGCACUAAACAAUAAAGAUUCUACAAGCACAUCUUGUAUACAUGACUUGAGUUUGCUUUCCUGUGUUAUUAUAACUGGGAGCAGAGGGCACAGGAGCUUAAUUUGUGUCAUUUUCUAUAAACUUAUCCUAAAAUGUAUUGCAACUUUUUGUUGCUGAUGACUUGACUGGGGUUUGCUUGUGGGGCAGGGAGAAAGGAGAUGAAGUAAGUUGCACCUGCCGGGGGAGGUUGCAGAUGUUUUCCCUCUUCCCUGCUUCUCAUAGCGUUCUUCAUAUUUGGCACAGUUCCCUAUGGGUUGGAUCCACUGUUAGCCAUCCUUCGAGAAAACUCAUUGAAAUUAAUGGACAUGACUAUCUUAAGCUCCUUUAAUUUAAGUGGAUCUGUUCUGAGUUUAACUGAGUUGGAAAUAACCAGACAGAGAGCCUUCUUGGUGGUAGUGCCCUCCCUGUGAAACGCCCUCCCAUCAGAUGUCAAGGAAAUAAAGAACUACACAACUUUUAGGUGACAUCUGAAGGCAGUCCUGUAUCGGGAAGUUGUUAAUGUUUGACUCUCUCUCUCUCUCUCUCUCUCUCUCUAUAUAUAUAUAUGUAUAUAUACACACAAGCCACCCAGAGUGGCUGGGGAAACCCAGCAGGAUGGGUGGGGAAUAAUAAUAAUAAUAAUAAUAAUGGCAAAAGGUUUUGGCAGAUUAAGAAGGAAAAGCUUCAGGUUGGUUAGAUCUGUCAUUUCUCUGUCUUGUUUAUUUUUCUUUGUGGUGGUGAAAGGGGAAAGGCUUUUUAUUCCGGUCUUUCAACCUCCUCCCUUACUUUCCAUACAUUAUAUGGAAUCAUAUAAUGUCAUACCACAUAGUUUAAGGAUGGUGAAACCUAUGACCCUCCAGAUAUUGGGCUCCAGUCCCAUCAGCUCCAGCCAUCAUGGCCAGUGGUCAGGAAUGGUGAGGGCUGGAGACCCAUAGCAUCUGGAGGGCCACACAUUCCCCACACCUGACAUAGUUCAUCAGCACUUACUCCCUUUUUGUAAUAACAUGGAUUUGUGUUUAGUGUGUCUAUAUUUAUAGACAGCCAGAAAUGAUGUGCGAGCAUUGUGUCGCUAUAGCCAACUAUUAACCUAGAACUAAUUUCCAAGCAGAAUUUUAAUAGAAUUUCACUUUUCAUCUUUUUGCCAAACAGCGAUUAUGAUCUCGAUUGUAUGCCUCCUCAUGGCUAUAUCCAUGUCUUAUCGUUGACUGACAAAAUAGCAGAAUUCAGAAGUGCAAUUAGCAAGCAGAAAAUCUCUGGGAAUAUUGACACACCUGAAGGAGGCUUUGAUGCUAUGCUUCAAGCAGCUGUGUGCCAGGUAAGAGGCAGCCAAUAAACCAGCAAAGGAUCUGCCUUUUAUCCUAGUGUUUGAUAGUUUAUCUAAUCCCAUGGUUCUCCAGUGCUGUCUGAAUAUUGUAGCUUUUCACAGAACCAAAGGCAGUUGUGGAGACCUUCCAUUGCUUGUGGUGCUCAUGUUGACCUUUUCUCUCCACGUCCAUCAUCGUCCCUGCUCAAAAGUGCUUUUGCAGAUAUUUUUAGGGCUUCAAGUUGUGGUUUGAAAAAGCCAGGCCAGUUCCCAGCAGGUACCAUAUAUGUGUGUUGGUAUAAGAGUCUUGGGUAGUUAUUGCUGUUCUUGAAGAGUCACAGCCAGAUCUAGAGCAGUUGGGCAACUAUGCUUCCAUUUGCUUAAAAACCACAAAUGCUUUAUAUCAUUUUCAGUAUUAAAGCAAUUCUUAAAAUAGUAAACCGGGGGUGGCCAAAGUGGGGCCCUCCAGAUGUGGUCCGGAACUGCAGUUCCCAUCAGCUGCAGCCAGCACGGCCAUGGCAAGGCAUGCUGGGAGUUGUAGUGCUAGAACAUCUCAAGGGCACAACAUUGGCCACCCCUGCAGUAGAUUAAAAAGUGAACCUUUGGAUACCUGUUGUGUUUCAGGCACUUUAAAUCAAAUAGAGCCUACAAACCAGUGCAGUACCUUUUAACUAAUGCUUCUGUCUUCUUCAUUUGCUUUCACCCCGUUAGCUUGGUUAUUUUUUUCCCUUCCUUCCCUUAGAGCCAUAUUGGUUGGCGCAAAGAAGCCAAGCGCCUGCUUCUCAUGAUGACGGAUCAGACCUCUCACCUGGCGCUUGACAGUAAAUUAGCAGGGAUAGUAAUCCCUAAUGAUGGAAACUGCCAUUUGAAAGAUAAUGUGUACGUCAAAGCGACCAGUAUGGUAAGGUAUAUGUCGUAUACAGCAUUGGCUUUGAACAGUGGUUUCCCCAAGCGUUAGAAGGGUCUCUGUAAUGAUAUGCUCCUGCUGGAGCCAAGGCAUGAACUUCAGCUAGAACCAGCUCACUCAACUGGUUUCAGCCUCCCAGUCAGUACAGUGUGAGUAGCUUUUUUUCUUCACCACCCCACCUCUUAUUGAGGUCUUUUCUUCCCUGCUUACAUUAUAUGCUGUUCCAGAUAGCCAGGAGUGGUAGAGGAUGUCUCCUGCUCAAGGUACGCUGACAUGUUUUGUUGCAAGAAUUAAACACUAUAUUCGUUGUGAAGGCCUGGGAUCACUUGGGGGAGAUUGGAGUAAGCUAGGUAUUUUACAUUGCAAACCGAGUCUAGAGAAAAUGACAAGUUUAUGCUAGGGAUGAGCGACCUGAGCAACACAAACUAAAGAGUGCAGCUCCUUUUCUUCUGCAUGCUGAAAGCUCCCAUUAUAGCAUCUGAUCAGCCUGUAGGUAGAGUUGAAUUUUGGUUAAUCUUUGUGGAUACCCAAUAAGUGGUGGGAGAUACGAACCCAUACUGAGACCAGGCUCACAUGCAGGGUGAAGGAAAGAGAAAAGUUGUGGACAGAAAAGGGAAGGGAAGUGUGUGUGUGUUUUUCCACUUAGCACACCUGCAGUGCUGCGCCUCAACACAGAGAAGUGUAGCUCCUUUUGUUCGCUUGCCGCUCUGUACUUUUGAACCCAGUGCGUUGGUGAAAAGGCGCUCACACGGCUACUGUCAUGAGCUUCCCUUUUCUCUAAGGAAACACACUGCCAAGAUAGCAGAACCCUGUUAACUGCCCUGAAUUAGUUUUAAUGAAAAGGUAUGCCUGUUCUAGCAGUUCGAAAGGACGUCAAAGUGCAAGUAGAUAAAUAGGUACCGCUCUGGCGGGAAGGUAAACGGCAUUUCUGUGCACUGCUCUGGUUCACCAGAAGCGGCUUAGUCAUGCUGGCCACAUGACCCAGAAGCUGUACACCGGCUCCCUUGGCCAGUAAAGCGAGAUGAGCACCGCAACCCCAGAGUCGUCCGUGACUGGACCUAAUGGUCAGGGGUCCCUUAUGCCUGUUCUAUUAAUAACAGAAUGUUGUCAAGUGCAUGUAUCACACUGCAGGGAGCUGAUGCUUGCCGCUGAUACAUUGCAUGUGACUCGACCAUAAGUCCAUUCAUCCAGACUGCGCCUGACUCAUUUACUUGGUCAUCUUUCAGCUUCUUUCUCUUUCUUCUUUCCCCUUUUAUUUGGGAGUGGGGUGGUUUGCUCUGCAGAUAUGCUAAGACGGGAAAUCGCAUGUGGUGUUUCAGUCACUCGUGUUCAUAUGAUGAGUCAGGACCCACAACAGUCACCACCUGACCUUAAUUGGGUUGCAGCAGCCCUGCUAGCACUAUUUUUUAUUUAGGGUAUUUUUUAGGAAGAGUAGGAGACAGGGCAAGAAUUAAAAUGGAUGCAUAGUUUAAAAACACAUUCAGGCUAAAGGUGGGUUCUGAUAAUCAAACAGCUGAAGGCUACUGACCUAGCUUGCAUACAUGCUGACAGUUUCAUUUAGUUAAGAAUAUCAAGUGAUAACUGCUGUUGCCAUCUGAUGAAUGUAAUAUAUAUACUUGUCCUAAGGCUUGUUUCACUACAAGCAUUCAGGGAUUUAUGACAGAAGAACAGUCAUUUAUGUAAGGUUUCUUAUUAAUUUCACACUCAUAGCAUUCCUUUAGACCAUAUUAAACUACAAAUGCCACACUAUGUAUCUCCUUUUUUUGUUUUCAGGAGCAUCCAUCACUUGGCCAGCUUUCUGAAAAACUUAUAGACAACAACAUUAAUGUAAUUUUUGCAGUCCAAGGGAGCCAAUUUCACUGGUAUAAGGUAUUUUUAAACGUCAGAAUUUCACAGGUUUUAAGAUAAUAAUCACAGAUGCCUUUUAACUGUAACAUUGCUUUUCUGUAGGACCUAUUGCCUCUUCUGCCGGGAACUACUGCAAGACAGAUAGAAUCUCAAGCAGUGAAUCUCAGUGACUUGGUGGUAGAAGCCUACAAGGUAUAUGCUUUGUGAUGAAUGCAUUUUUCAUUAAUGUUGGUUUGGGGGAAGCAGCUGUUAAAAUAAAUAUUCUGUGAGCUCCAGGAACAGGUGCAAUAUAGCAAGAUAGUCAAGGAGUGCCUGCAUACCUAUAAAUAUAUACAGUGGUACCUCGGGUUAAGUACUUAAUUCGUUCCAGAGGUCCGUUCUUAACCUGAAACUGUUCUUUACCUGAAGCACCACUUUAGCUAAUGGGGCUUUCUGCUGCUGCCGCGCCGCCAGAGCACAAUUUCUGUUCUCAUCCUGAAGCAAAGUUCUUAACCUGAGGUACUAUUUCUGAGCUAGCGGAGUCUGUAACCUGAAGCGUAUGUAGCCCGAGGUACCACUGUAUAGCACUGUUCUCAUAUAAUAUUACAUAGAACAGUAAAAUAUUAUGGAGAAAACUGUUAGAUCUGUUAAAACCAAUACCACAGUGUAAAAUAAUUAUGGCCUGAGGUUAAACUUUUCUAGGAUAAACACUCUCCUAAUCUUCAGAGAUCAUAUUGUAAUCUUUAUUAUAAUUAUAAUCUUUGAGGAAUAAGAAGGAAUAAGUUGCUGGGAAAUAUUGAUGAUUAUGAUAAUAAUACAGAGACGCAAAGAACAAGCAGUCCAUAAGAACACUGGAGGUCAGUAGCAAAGCAGCCAAUCACCAGAAUUCAAAGCUAAAAGCCCAUAUGGAAGGUGGUGGAACAUCAGCUUUGCAUGCAGAAGGUUCUAGGUUCAGUACCUAGCAUCCUCAGGUAGGGUCUUCUGCCUGUAGCCAGGGAGAGCUGCUGCUGCCAGGCACCUUGGGCAGUACUGCGCUAGGUAGCCCAACUGUCUGAGGCAGCUUCCUGUGUUCUAAACUCCCCUCCCCUCCUUCCUUUAGGUUAAUCAUAACGAUCUAAUCUACAAAAUGUCCCAAAGUCCCAUUCUACCAAAUUUGCUGUGGUGAGGUCUGUGGUUGGUUCACAGACUGUCCACAGAGAUGAGAAUGGAGCAAAAAGAAAAGAAACUAAAAAAAAAAAGCGAGCCUCUGUCAAGCUUGGGUCAGAAGGAAAUCUUCCUUUACUAGCAGCACAUAGCUUUACCCAAGAAAAUCACUUAAGAGUGGAAACUAAAGGCUAACUGCCAAAAAAACCCACAUACCUUCUCUUUACUUCUGGGGAAAAUCAAGCUAGUGUACAGUUAUCAAGAAAAUAUGCCACUAGGACAGGGUGAGAAAGAUCGGGGGCGGGGAAUAGCCAGUGUGGUGCCUUCAGUAUGUUCAACAACAUGUUCAACAACUACAGCUUCCUUCAAUCCCAGCCAGUAUAGCCAAUGGUCAGGGUAGAUGGGAGAUGUAGUCCAACGACAUCUAAGGGUACCAUGUUGGUGACUUUCUGUACUAGAAAUGUUCCCAUGCACCAAUUGGAUAUACAAUAUAUCUUCACUGUUUCUCACUGAAAUUAGUUGUAGCAAUCAAAUUGAUUUAUAUCUGCUUCGUAACUAACCUUGCUUUGAUGUUCCAUUUUUAAUUGGGGCAAAUGUCAAGGAGAUGCAUUCUCGGAAGGAGAUGUCAUCUCUCCAAAGCCAUAAUUUACAAAUAGAUAAUGAGAAGACCCAGCAAAAAUGGCACCAAUUAGAGCUGUGUCUAAACAUCCCAAAUUAAAAAUAUGCUUAAGGUCUCAGCAUCUAAAAUUCUACAUCCUUCCUUAAAAAUAGGCAAAUGGUAUAUAAAAGAGAGAGUGGUGAACUAAAAAGAGAAACUUUAUGUUGUGUGUGUGAAAUUUCUUCCACUGCAGUUCACCUGAAUUGAACUAUUGUAAUUAAAAAAUAUCAGCUGCCUAUAAUUGAUUGAUGAUGGGUCCAAGAUACUUCUGAAUUUCUCUGUAGUUUCAAUUUUUAAUUGGGAGUUUACCAAACAGGUGUCAUAAAAAAGUUAUGAGCUCAUGGCAUUUCUACAGAUUUGGUUGUUUUUUUUAACAAUUAUCAGUUUAAUUGGUCUUGCUCUGCUAAGGAUACAAUCAACAGAAAUCCAGGCAACCUUGAAUCUAUGCCAAAAGAUGAGAACAGCUUAUUUUGCUCCCAGUUUCAAAACAGAAAACAGUUAAUGACUUCAUCACAAUUCAAAGUUCCAACAUUUUAGCUUAAAGAAACCCAUAUCUCACCUUUUCCCCAGUACAUCUUUGGUUCCAACAUCAGGAUGGAACUUAUAUGAUGCACAUUUGCUUGUGAUAAGGUGGCACUGUGAGCUUGCCCAGAAAGGAAUCUCAUUUUCAUUAAAUCUGAUGGGUUUUUAUCUGUAAUCUAAUUUUUCAUAGAAUUGUAGAGUUGAAAGGGACCAUGAGGGUCAUCUAGUCCAACCCCCUGCAAUGCAGGAAUCUUUUGCCCAACAUGGGGCUCGAACCCACAACCCCGAGAUCAAGAGUCUCAUGCUCUACCAACUGAGCUAUUAUCAUACUUAGUGUUCUGAGAGGCAGUGAGCACAUUCAGAAUAAUCAUUUGAUGCAGCCCUGUACCAAUUAAGACUGUGUGGAGGGAUUGCUUAUUUGAUUUUGUAUGUGUGUACAUGAAUAGAUACUCUGUAAGCUUAGAAGAUAAUCCCUGGACUUAGAAAAGUAUCACAUCAUUCAGGGAGAGAGGCUUCAAACAUUAUCUUUAAACCAAAUCACUCCAUGCCCCCAGCAAGUGUAGAGGUGCUAGCAGCUACACACUGCCAUGGCAGCCUUCUUGCCACGGCAAACAAGGGAUUUGCUUGUCUUUUUCUCGUUUUGCUCUGUGAUUAGCAUUGCCAACAAAGAAAACAGCUUGCAGAGUCUCGUGCUCAAUCUAGCAAGGAUAAGAAAGGUCGGUGCCACAAAAGCGAGGGGCAUCAUUCUCCAUGAUGGAUGGAUGGGGAGAGGGACAUCUGGAAGUAGGUAUUCCAGGUGCUAACAGCAGCAGUAUUUUGAAAACCAGUGUCCACUCAGUAGACAUAGAACGGAAUAAAGAUGUUAUUGUGUGAACUUGCUCUAUAGCGGUAGAACGGAAUGUUGGAUUUGUCACUGCCAUUGUAAGAUUAGCUGGAAACCCCAACAUUGCUGUCCUCCUCCUCCUCCUCUUCAGGAUUACAAGUUCCCCUGGCAUGACUGUGUGAUAUAUAUAAAUGGAGUCUUUAUGCAGAAAACAAUUUAUUCCUUUAUCCAGAGACAGACAGGCUCUUUUGUUCUAGUUAAAUCCACUGAGUCAGGCAUGCUGCCACUGUAGCACAUAUUGCCAUGCAAUGUGAUGGAGCUCUCUUGGUUUUUUGGUUCCCCACCCCCACCCCUGCAGAAACUGCUCUCCGAAGUGAAAAUUCAGGUGGAAAACCCCAUCCAAGAUAUAAAUGUCAAGGUCACUGCAAUCUGCCCUGAUGGAAGUAGAAAAACCGGCGCGGAGGGAUGCAAAAACGUGAAAUCCACAGCUGAAGUACGAGCAUUCCUUUAUUCACAAAGGAGGCAAAAUAUUUCAUCAAUGUUUUUAUAAUAGCUUUUUCAGUGGAAGAAAGAUUUGGUAUGGGUUUUAAAGUAAAUAUCUGUGGGUCGUAGUCUUAGGCCCUCCAGAUUGUUCGUGGAGUUUAUUUCUUUGGAGCUUUGUUUUCCAGUUAAAUCCAUGGAUAAACAUUUCUGCUCCAUGGUUAGCAGUAAGCAGCUGCUUUUUCAAAAUUUCCCUAGGCUUCCAGGAAUGAGACAUUGUGCCUGCUUGAAAGUUUUGAUCCUAUUGCUAAUCAAUUAAAGUACCUUUUAAAUAACUGGUGUGAAGGCAUGCAGUUAUUUUAAAGAUGUGCCCUGAGGUUUUUGCUUCAUUUCCUAAACCAUUCAGAGUUCCUGAUGGAUGGUCAUCAGAGUCAUCUUUAUUAUUACAGCACACAUCUUUGCCCAUGGCUAAUGUUCUAGGGGUGCUGUGUGUUGUACCCCUAGCUUCUUCAUUUAUACGCUCCUCUGUGUAUGUGAAGCUCCUCGGGUAAAACAGAUAAGCAUUUUCAGAUUGUGAAGCUGACGUGUAAGCCACAUUUCACAUUUGCAGUGGAUGAGUAGACUGGGGCAUUAAAAGCAUCACCAAAGGCAGUAGCUUGCCCACAGUUAAGGAGGCCAAUUGUGCAGUGUGUUUUUUUCUUUUAGCCCUUGCAGCUUCCAUUCUCACAGAGGCAAGCCGCUUUUUCAACUGAGUACAGUGGUACCUCGGGUUAAGAACUUAAUUCGUUCCGGAGGUCCGUUCUUAACCUGAAACUGUUCUUAACCUGAGGUACACUUUAGCUAAUGGGGCCUCUCACUGCCCCUCACCUCUGGCACACAAUUUCUGUUCUCAUCCUGAGGUAAAGUUCUUAACCCGAGGUACUAUUUCUGGGUUAGCAGAGGCUGUAACCUGAAGCAUUUGUAACCUGAAGCGUUUGUAACCCGAGGUACCACUGUAGUAGUUUGUGGCAGCUGCUACAGAGGGAAGCAUUAAAAAACAACAACACACACAGUACUAGUGGCACGUAAAGUUCUGCUUGCAUGUAAAUUACUUUUUGUUGGUGGCCUCAGAAUGCAGCAUGCCAAUUCAGGGAACACCAAUGCAGAAAGAUCACAUAUAACUGCUUGAGUGAUUAAGCUUUUUCAUUGCUGUGCUUGUUGCUAUUAAUGACGAUCAUUUAUAUGGGACCAUCUAUGACAGCAUACACAUUGCGUCCAAAGCUUUUGGGCAAAUAUCACAUUGAAGGUGGUCCUAAGACAGGAAAGAGAUUCAGCUAGUGCUUGUUGGUUUAAAAUUAUGGUUAAUUCUAAUAGGCCACCCUGUCUCAUUCAGGAUGAUAUCUGAAAACAAUUCAGAGAGAGAGAGAGAGAAUGGUGACAGGUAUUUUCUCCCCACGCCGCCAAGAAGUCAAUGUUUUAAAAAGAAUAUAUGCUUAUAAAUAACUUGGAUUUUUCAACAGCUUCUAUAAAGCCCCAGUACGAUAUAGGUCUGCUUUUCAACGAUACAGUAAAAGAGUGCUUCUCAUUUUUUAUAUUGCAGGUGCUCUUCAAUAUUUCCAUUGCCAUGAAAGGAUGUGGUACAACUGAAGGAAGAAAAUACAUGACGCUCAAACCGCUUGGUUUCAAUGAAUCAACCAGAGUUAAUAUACACAAAAUAUGUGCUUGUCAGUGUGAGGGCAGCGUAAAGCACAAAAGGAUAUGUGUCGAUGAAACAUCUCAGGAUGCAGAGACUUCGAGCUCCAGCGACAAAUUCUCUUCUGAGCAGUGCAAGAUGCCCAAGGGCCAUCUAGUGUGCAGUGGUCAAGGAGACUGUGUAGAUGGGAAAUGCAUUUGCCACAAAACCAAACUUGGCACAAUAUAUGGUAAAUACUGUGAAAAAGAUGACUUCUCCUGCCCUCAUCACUUGGGAAACUUAUGUGCUGGUAAGCUCCAGAAUUUCACUAUAUUUUACCAAUUCAGCUUUUAGUCUUUUUCAGCUAAACCCAUUUUCCAGAGAGCAAGCUCCAUCAAAUCUAGCAGGGCCUCUAAGUAAACAUGCACAGGAUUUUUCUGUUAAUUAGAUUUGUAGCUUGCUUUAACCCUAAGACCAAACUAAGUCACACUAUUGCUAGGUAACACCAUGUACCUACAGCAGCAUCAAUAUCCAUAGUUCCUCACAAAGUUACAUCUGCAGAAAUAGACAAAUGUGUGGCCUCAAGAAGCGUACAAUAUAAAAUACACAAGGGGUGAUGUGAGGGGAGGGGGGACCAGCAAGGAAAGGGAAAGAAGAGGUGACAGAAGAGCAGCUGUGGGCAAGUUCAGAUACACGUACUUAAAACUUUAUUGCUGGUGGGAUUGAAGCAGAUAAGUCAAAAACCACACCCGAAGAAGGAGAGAUUUAAAGGAAAGGGUAUUUGUUCGUCCAGUCUGGAGAGAGCUCCACACAUCAGGGACAGUGACAGUGAAUGGAUGGACUCAUUUUAAGAAUCCAGGAAAACUUUGGAUUGGUUAAGGGUAUGAAGAGUCUGGAAUGAGCUGGCUAACUUGCUCCUCUGAGAUGAUGCCAAAUAGUCUUAUGUUACACAGUGCCCUUGACAAAAGAGCUUUCUCUUUCUGCUGGGGAAUCCCCCCCAAAAGAGCAAGCACACCAGAUUGAUUGAUUGAUUGAUUUACAUACAUACAUUUGAUGCAAAUUACUGACACUAAGGCAACUCAGCUUUUUUUUUGCUUCCAUUUUCAGGAGAGUUUGCUAGUCGCCAAAAUAUUUAGCAGUGUGCAGAAAAGAAAAGAAAACAAGGUUGCUCACCAGUAGCUAUUGUUCUUCGGCAAUUUAUCCACACGCAGUCCCAUCCUUUGGGAAUCCACUCCCAGGUUAAAAUCUGACAGUGGGGAUCUUAAGGAGGGAAAUAAUGUCGCCUUGGGUGUGACCAAAACAACCAAGUGUUAGGAAAGUUCCCUCCAACUUGAAGAUAUGCCUUUUGAUGACAUUCCUGCCAUGUGAACUCCCAUUUGCAUGUGGAUUCCUUCCCAAGGGCAAUAGUUUCAAGUAAGCAACCUCAUUAAUUUCCCCAACGGCUUGUGAAGUAGGUUAGUAAGUGAAGCUGGGAGUUGAUAACUUGCCCCGGGCCACCUAGGGAAUCUCAUGGCUAAGUUUUUCUUCAGUUAUAGUCCACUGUCAGGUGUUCUUUACAUCAGCUAUGUCCAUCACAUGAAGAGUGGCCAUGCUUGCUGGCCCAACCAUUGUGUCCUUGCUACACCACACACACACACACACACACACACACCCUCCAUGCAUUGUGCGGAAGUGUGGUGAUCCUUCUCUACAUGUGUAGGUUCCCCUUGUGGUGUAGAACCCCACACAAAUGUUAACCGCAAUACCUAAGAAAUGGCUUUGUACUGCAUAAGUCAGGGUGGAGAACCAGAUGUUGCUGGAUUACAGCUCCUCUUAUCCAUUGACCAUGAGUCAUGUUGGUUGAGAAAGGUGAGAGUCAGCAUCUAAUGAUAUCUGCUGGCAUAUGUAGCUUGUGGUUUAACAACUAUCCCUUCUUCACAGUAUCGGUGUAUUUAUGGCACCAAAACUCUACUGAAAAACAACCAAACUGAUAAAUAUUUUUAAAGAGCUCUCAGUUUUAACCCACAUACCCUUCUUAAGCAAUUUUUUUUUUAAUGGAACACAUUAAUUGUACACCUCAUCUUCCCACCCUGAUAUUCUCAGGCGGAUCAAUUACCCAUUUCCCAUCUCUUAAGCAUCUUGAGUAACGCUUUACCACAGUUUCACUAAGAAGCAAAAUAUGUUACCAUCUUCUUUAAACCAAUAAUCACUUAGAGGUAUAAUAAGUUUUCAGAAGCUGUGAUCAAUAAGGCUCGGCACAGGAGACCUGGAAGCCCCUCUCUAGUGAGUCAUGUACCCAGGGCCUCACCCAUUCCUUCUCUGCCCUUGUAGGCAACGGUGAAUGCGAAGCAGGCAAAUGCAAAUGCUCUAGCGGCUGGGAGGGCGAUCGUUGCCAGUGCUCGUCAUCCUUACGAAAGCACUGCAUGAAUUCAAAUGGCCAGGUCUGCAGUGGAAGAGGAACUUGUGUGUGUGGAAGAUGCAAAUGCACCGAUCCCAGCAGUUUGGGCCAUUUGUGUGAAUUCUGCCCUACUUGUAGAAUAACUUGCAGUGACAAACGGUAUGUUUCCUCAGAUCAAAUUAUUAUUUGUCCUUUUUUUUAAAAAAAAAUUGCAGUCUCCAAAAGCAGGUACAGGGACGCGGGUGGCGCUGUGGGUUAAACCACAGAGCCUAGGACUUGCCGAUCAGAAGGUCAGCAGUUCGAAUCCCCGUGAUGGGGUGAGCUCCCGUUGCCAACCUAGCAAUUCGAAAGCACAUCAAAGUGCAAGUAGAGAAAUAGGUACCACUCCAACGGGAAGGUAAAUGGUGUUUCCGUGCGCUGCUCUGGUUCGCCAGAAGCGGCUUAGUCAUGCUGGCCACAUGACCCGGAAGCUGUACGCCAGCUCCCUCGGCCAAUAAAGCAAGAUGAGCGCCGCAACCCCAGAGUCACGACUGGACCUAAUGGUCAGGGGUCCUUUUUAAAGCAGGUACGGGCAAUAUAUACUGUACAUUCCUACUGGCACUUCUUUUACUGCUGCCUUGUGGCAUCUUACCAAUGGGCUGGUGAUUCCAAGGAAUAAAAACCACAGCAUUGAUCCAUAUUCUACAAAGUGAUGGUCUUAUCAUUUCCUGGAUACUCGAUAGAUUGAUCACUUUGGGCUGACCCUCAUGAGUUACUGACACACAUUAUGUCCCAUACAAAAGCCCUUCAUCAAGGCUUUUUAAGGGCUAAGGACUUCCCCUCUCGUUUGGCUUGCAAUGGAAAUUAAGGUUGCCCACACUUUUUACUAAUCAGUGCCAUCUUGUGGAAGCUGAGUACAUUAAUUGCUCUUCAUCCUGCCCACCCCUCAAAUCCCAACCUUCCAGUGAGGGUUAAGUUAAUGUUAUGGCCCCUCACGGAGUGUGUUUUGUGCUUCUUUGUUAUUGCCUGAGAAUCCUGAACCCUCUUGCUUUGGGCCAGAAGGCUUUGUACAAUGUGCUAGGCCUCACUCACCGUGAAGUUGACAAGCUGACAUCCCGUUCUGUGACUCCCUGUUGACUCAGGCUAUUCAUGACUAGAAAGCAACACUUGAAUGCUAGUGCUGACACAGGGAAGUGUGGCCUUUCUGCCUCUUCCUGCACCUCUCUUGAGCAACUGCAAUUGUUCUUAAGCUACAGAUCCCAGAAUUCCUCAGAGGCAAAGAAUAUGGUUGGAAAGGCAAUUGUUGGGAUACAAGUUGUUGUUGUUUCUCAGGGCAAAGUCUUGGUGGGCAGGAUGUGGUCAAUCAGCUUUAAUUUACCAAUGUCUGUCCUGCAUUAUCGGUCUGAGUAGUAGUAAAAGACUGGUUAAAAUAGACCUUCUGGAACUUUUUCACGUUCUGAAAAGCUCAUUGCUAGCUGAGCUCCUAAGGAUGCCGAUAAGUAUUAUUUUAAAUUCCAGUCAUUCAACUAUAUGUACCGAAGGCUGGAAUUUUAUUAUGUUGUUGAAAUUCUGAGGUUUUCUUAUAUCUGGUUUUUGUGUGUGCACAAAUCUAUAUUAUUUUUGCUUUAAGAAUAACUGAUUUUCAAGAUUGCUGUUUUUAUUUGUUGUAAGCUGCUUUAGAAGGCUUUGCUCAGAAAAGCAGCAUGUAAGUAUUUUGAAAGAAAGACUAGUUAGAUGGCAGCUUGUGUAUCAUUUUUGAUACCUGGCAAUCUUCUCUCUUAAGCAAUCUUGAAUGGGGGCAUGCUGUGCUGUCGCUGUUGCUAGUAACAACAUGAAACAAAAUGCUGAGUUUAUUGAUCCCUGGUUUUACUUCAUAGUCAUGGGUAAUCCAGAGAGAAAGAUAGAUAUUCAAUUGUGUUUUGGUUUACAGGAAUUGUGUGCCCUGUCGUCACUCCAACUCGUCUCAAAUUGCGCUGGACCAGUGCAAAACCUCAUGUGCUUACAGGUUGCAUUAUACUGAAAAAUCUUCAGGUAAGUGAAAAACAAAAUCAUCAGUAUCAGAUAGCCUACAGUUGCCUUGGUGACAUAGCGAAGAGACUGGCUUUUGUGGAUUGUAGCUCAAAAGAACACUACUGAUAUUGGGGUUGUUGUUUUUACAGUAGAAGUCAUUCCUUGUUCUAGCUAGUAUUAAUAUUUUCACACAAUAAUGAAAGCAAAAUCUCUUUUCUCUUGAGAACAUAAAACCUAAAUAACAAAAAAUGUGGUUGGCUGGCAUUGGCUAAAUGUCAAGGUCGGGCAUUUCUAGGCCUUUGAGAAAUUAAUUCUGCUAAUGACAAAACCAGACACAGUAAUACAGGAAGGAAUAUUUCUAUAAGCCUAUUAUUUCACACUCCACUUCUCCAUAUACAGCUACUCUUAUUCCAACAUUAUGAGGCGCGAACAGUUGAAGCAAAAUGUGCAGUUGAUUCUAAGGCUUUUAAAGUAUAUCCCACCCUCCUAUUAUCUUGGGAACUGUAGUUGACCCCUCACUGAGUUACAAUAUCCUGCACCUGUACAAACUUGUUUCCUGGAUUCUUGCCGGGGAGGGGGGCGGGAGGCUUGAAAUAUAUGGCAUGUAUGCAAUCUAGCUCUAUAAACUUAAGAAACCCUCUCAUUCCAUAUAAACUCCCCCAGAAUUAAGAUCAUGUCCCUGAUCUCUUAAAAGUACAGACACUACCAAAGGUGGGGCUCUGAUCCCUAGAGAAACAGAGGCAGCUUGGUGGUGGCUCCAUGAGGCACUGCAGGCAGAGAAAACUGCACUGCAUCCUCCAGCAAAUUAACCAGGAGAGCUCUUUUAAGCUGUGCAGAAUUUCCUGACUCCCACUGAGGGGGAAGGACCUCUAGAACAGGGGUUGGCAAGGUUUACCUUGCCUGGGCAGGUACACUCCCGCAAAGAUGGCUCCAUGGGCCAGAUCACGUCUGUGCAGACACGAUUUCCAGCACCGCGGAAGCGAGUCCGUGCUGCGCCGGUUUAGCGCAGUGUUUGGGGACUCGCCAAGUGGGUGACUCAGUUCAGAGGCGGCUCAUGGGCCGUUUAAAUGACACCCGUGAGCUGCUUGUCGCCCAUGGUCACAGGUUGCCGACGCCUGUUCUAGAACAUGGGAAGGCAAACUAAGGUCCGUGGGCCGGAUCAGGCCCAAUUGCCUUCUGGAUUCAGCCCAUGGACAGUCUGGGAAUCACUGCAUGGAUCGCCAGCACACAUGUUCUUUCCCUCUCCCUCACACGGGAGGCAGUGGUGCCUCCUCCCUCCCUCCUCCUGGCUUCUUCCCGCCCUGUCUAGAGGAGGAAGGAGGCUGGGCUUUGUUGGUGCCAGCAGGAGCAGCGCUCGAGCAGCCACCAUUUUAAGCAGCCCCUCUCCAGAGCCCUUUUUCGUGAUGCUCAUUGUCCUGCCGCCGCCGCCAGCCCCUGCUGCUCGCAAGACACAGGUAAGCAGUCACCGGGGCUCGUGGUGCUCUUGCAUCAUUUUUUUUUUUUCAAAUAUAGUCCGGCCCCCCACAAGGUCUGAGGGACAGUGGACUGGCCCCCUGCUGAAAAAGUUUGCUGACCCCUGCUCUAGAACCUUUGAAGACCUGCUGUGACCAACUGGCUACACAUUUUGAAGAUAUAAACAUUCAACUUCAGAGAGAGAUAAUGAUGGUGGUUUUAGUGGAUCUCUAAAGCUGCGUUUUACCUUCAGUUAUUUGUGCACUGCUUGGGGAAUAAAAUCUAGAUAAAUAAAUCAUCACUUGAUGCUUUUUGCUAGCAGCAGCAAUACUGAGAUCAGUGGUGUAACUAUAGAUCUGCCUAACAUGUACAUUCCUUGUUUUGGAUAAUGCUUUUUAAGGAUAAGGUGCCUUUUUGUAUAUAUCGGAAUAAAUAUGUCAUUUAUUAUAUUAUUCAACAAAAGUACAAUUAUAAAUUACUUUAUCGUAUUAGGGUUUGGCUUUAUCUUUUAGGUUUAUUGCAUGGACCUUUUGAGGGGACAGUGUGAAUUUUACUACUUCUUCUUUUUGCAGAAUGCACAGCUGAUGAUCCAAGCCACUUCAGAAUCUUUUUCAUAAUUUUUAUAGUUACAUUUCUGAUUGGGUUGCUUAACGUGCUUAUAAUCCGACAAAUAAUUUUGCAGUGGAGCAAUAACAAAAUUAAAUCUUCAUCUGAUUAUAGAAUAUCUGCAACUAAAAAGGUAACUGAUGUCACUGAUCCAUAAUGAUUUUUUAAAAAAGGAAUGCUAGUUGUGUGGAACUUUCUGACCAUUUAUAUUCUUUUCUCCUUUAAGGAUAAAAUGUUCUUGCCCACUGUUUGUACAAAAACCGUAACUUACAGACGUGAUAAGCCUGAAGAAAUCAACAUCAGCAAGUUACAAAUAAAUGAAACUUUCAAAUGUAACUCCUGA